UCCUCUUACAUAAUGCAAAAGCUUCAGUCUGCUCUCGGCGUUUUACUCUUUGAGAGUAAAAGAUUAGUAGUCGAACAAAUAAAAAGAGGGGAAACUCUUGAGGAGGAGGAGGAAGAGGGAGAGAGCUGGAUGGAGGUGGGCCGAUCUCUCAAAGUGAGGAGACUUAAAUCCCCCGACACAGCAGAGGAGGUUCCUUGCAGGAGGUGAAAGGAGGUUCAUGCGUGUGGGGUGAAUGAACCGGGAACUGACCGAGCUUCUGAACACCUACUUCAGCGAAUCUCCUCCAUAGUGACACUGGCAUCCAGUGGCGGGACUCUGCAAAUGAAGACACUCUGCGUCAGUGCAACAUAACAAAACAAUUCAAGCCACAGAAAUAUGUGCAAAAACAUAUUUUUUUUUUUCUUCUUCCACUUACACCCACUCACCGCAGUGAGAUUUUGACUUGUGCUGCCCUUGGAUGAUGAGUUGUCAUGAUUAUUGCUCAUCAUGUAUGAAAAGGAAGGUUGUGUAGAUUCCAUGUAGGCCUCUCCCAGCAUGCCUCGACUUGCUGAUGAGCACAGCAGAAGGCUCAUUAGCUUGUGCUCCUAAUCACUUGGUGUUAUUCCUACAAGAACAAUUUGCCCUCUUGUGGAAACAGCCUGAGUUUAGUGGGCCAUUUCAUUAUGUGACUUGGUAGACAUAGUCCCCUAGAUCACCAUGCACACAACUUGCCACUAUUUCUGAAUACAUUUUGGUAUAUUACUGGGUUUACUGUAAAGAAAUGAGCUACACCAACUACUGGGUUGUGGACUACGACCUCUCCUCUCCGGCGCCGCCCAGCUUCGCCAGGGGUCCCACGGUGCUCCAGCCCAUGGCGGGACACCCCGAGCAGGCCACGGCUUUGUGUUUCGUGGGCCUGCUGGUGCUCCUGCUGCUCUUCCUCUUGGUCCGCUGCGUGCGGAUCCUGCUGGACCCCUACAGCAGCAUGCCGGCGUCGUCGUGGACGGACCACAAGGAGGGUCUGGACAGAGGACAGUUUGAUUAUGCAUUGGUGUGAAGGCAACAAAUGGUGCAGAUGAGACAAAUUGGAGCUGUUGUAUCAUAUCAUUCAGGAGUCCAUUUUCGAGAUAAUUUGAAUCUUUAUUGCAAUUACACAGUGUACAAAGCAGUCCAGGAGAGAAAUUUGUCCAAAGACCCCCUCACAAUCCUAACGCCAGUUAAACAUAACUACCAUGUGUAUAACUAAAUGCAUUAUGAAUUAACAAGUUGCCUAUUUUUGAUAGAAAAGUCGUAAUGUAACUAUAACAAAUGCAUAUUUCAGCAAAAAAAGGCAUAUUUUUCCAAGUUGAAAUAUUAUGAUAUACAAGUCAAAGUUUAACGAGGGAAGUGUCAUAUUUACCAGGUAAAUUUCAAAACUCGUAAUUUUAUGAUAAAUUUGGAGUUUUAUUGAAAAAAAAGUAAUAUUAUUUACAAUAAAGUUGUAUUAUUUUAAUUUUUUAGACUUUACAAGAACAAAUACAUGUUUUGUCAGGGUGAAAGUUUGUACUCUGACAAGAAUAAUUUUUUUUUUUUAAUUUUUUUUUUAUUUAUUUUUUUUUACAAGUAAUAUUGUGAUAUUAAAGUCCAAGUUUAACAAGUGAAUUUAAAAAAAAAAACUUUAUUUCCAAAAUAUUGCACAUUUUAUUUCUGGAAAAGAUGCCGUUAUCUUAUAAUAUAAUAGAAAAAUAAACAUUUUGUUCUUGAAAAAGAAUAGGGUUUUAAUCCUGUGUACUCAUCUUUUGCUCUAUAAUAAUAAUAAUAAUAAUAAUAAUAACCCAUCCUCAUUCAUGCCCAAACAUACUCAACAGUCUAAUUCCUUGGGUACAGGGACUCUCUCUAGUGGUACUGUAUGUGAAAGAAUCACUGCCAACGCAUGGUUCUGUUGCAUUAACUUUAACUUGUAAUUUUUAAGUUCAAUACAUUUGCAUUUGCUGUUUAAAAACUUUUGUUUUUAAACAUUUAUUUUGAUACAAUUUUUAGUUAAAAUGUUUUGUGCAAUACAUUUUCAUUAAAUCAUUAUUUAAGUUAAAAAAAAGUGUCAUAUUCCUAAGCGCAGUUUAAAUGUUCAAACAGUGCAUAAUGUUAGUAGUUUACAGUAAGAUCAAAUAGAAUUUUCUCGGAAUCAAACUUCUUUUAAAUUUCAUGAGCACAUGGGCCUACUACGUGACUGCAUUUCAAUGUUAAUUAUAAUGGUACUUAACAUUUUUUUAGGCUGCACUUUGUGCAAAAAAAACAAACAAAAAAAAAACAUUGGCCUCAUCAGUCAUUAGGCAAUUUUAAGCAAGUCACAUGAAAAUAUGUUGUAUUUGAAGUUCAUACUGGAACUAUUCUCUACAAUGUAUAACUUGUAUAGCUGUAGUUUCAACGUGAACUGUUCAGGUGACGCUCAGGUAGAAUUCUAUUGACCAAAGAGUGCACCAUUAAUGGGAUGCUUUUCUAUCUGUAAUUUCCCUGAUUGCUGUUAUAAAAUGUACAGUUUAUGAUGCGUGACGAUCGUUUAUGGUUUUGCUAGUCCAUUUAAGUGGCCUGUAAUGUUCAAAAUGGAUGCACAAUCCAAUGAGAUCCAAUUCCAGAGCUGGAUCGAAAAUGUUAUCUUUGCAAAAAGACACAAUGUUCACUUUUGGCAAACAUUCAAAUAUUGGAUUUCAUUAGGUUGUGCAGGUGUACCUAAUGAAAUUUUCAGGUGAGAUAAUGAUCGCUUUAAAAGCAUGUAAGCCAGUCGUCCAAUCCUGUUUUUCUUGUCCUCAGUGAGUGCACCAGCCAAAUAUGUUCAACAGUGCCUGUAGAAAUGAGACCAUGUGUUGUUGCCACAACUAUUUUGUACCCCUUGUUUUGUAAAAACUCUUCUGCCCUUUAUGCAAUGUGAUCCUAAAAGAUCAUUUUUAAAAUUUAUUUUUAAUUUUAAUUUUUAAUUUUAUUUGUUUUUUUUUGCAAUGGAAUGUGUUUCCUAUAUGAAAAAUAAAACCAGUUUAGUAAAAACA